AUGUCCAACCCGCUGGGCCUCCUGCUCACCAUCUUCUGGCAGCGUCCUCAGAUCCUCGUCGGAGGGCUCUACAGCGUCCUCUGGGGCAAGAGCAAGGACCACCUCCACCACAAGCAGAGUCCGGAGCAGGCACCGAAAACUCUGGCCACAACAAGCAACGACGACGACCAUGACGACGAAGAGGAGAAGCAGCAGCAGCAGCCGCCGCAGCAGAACACGGGCGCCGGCGACAAGAAGCCCGCAGCUCAAGGACUUGUUUGCAAUGGAGGCAUCAUCGCCACUGCGCCAUCAGUCCGGAUGAUGAGGAAUCGAUCAUCUACUGAGCUGAUGAGGCGUAUACAUGUGUAUGUUUCUGGUUCGCAUCCUGCUACGAGCGAGAUUUGCAGUCGUGCGUGCGGAGGGUCUGAUGCAGUACGUGUCACAAAGCUCCCGGUACUUGCAGCUGAAGAUAAGUGCAACUGUUAUCAUACUAUAGGUGACUACAUUGAGUAA